GUCUGGCCGUUGAGCCGGUGAUCGGUGAUUGAUUGUUGAUGCCUGGCGACGCGGUGUGUUUUAGCAGAACACCCGGUGGUUUGAGCCUACUGAUUUAAACGUGUCUUAGAAGUAAAAGCUCCGUGGGCCAUGUCGACAGCGCUGGAGAGCUACAUCAACCGGACGGUGGCCAUCAUCACUUCGGACGGAAGGAUGAUUGUGGGUACCCUGAAAGGCUUCGAUCAGACCAUCAAUCUGAUCCUGGAUGAGAGUCAUGAGCGAGUGUUCAGCUCCUCUCAGGGAGUCGAGCAGGUGGUCCUGGGUCUUUACAUCGUCAGAGGAGACAACGUGGCGGUGAUUGGAGAGAUUGAUGAGGAGACAGACUCCACUCUGGAUUUGGGAAACAUCAGAGCUGAACCCCUGAACUCUGUAGUCCACUGAUCUCGGGUUGCCAUGACACCACGGAGCCAGCAUCCAAGACUGAGCUCCCGUUUCUAAACCUUAGGAUGUGUGUGUGUUUUCCAGUACUGAUUUUUUUUCCACAGCUUUUUUUUUAUUGAAAUUUUGAUUUAAAAGAUGUUUAUGAGUUCGUAUUUUUAGGAAUAAAAAGUUAAUUGUUGGGCUGUGUUUUGUUGU